CGGCCCGCGUGGGACAGAGGCCUGGGUUGACGACCUCCUCCGGAUCGCCUGGGACGGGCAGGGGCGAGGAGGAAGGGGCUGCGGGCGUCUCGGGUGCGGUGCGUGACAGGCGCACGCCGGGCCCUCGCCUCUGCCUGGAGGACUUGGAAUUGGCCCCCGGAAGACGUGAUUUUCAAAGCUAAUUAUGAAAACAUUUGUCAUUGGAAUCGGUGGUGUGACAAAUGGUGGGAAGACAGCAUUGGCUAUGAAUUUGCAGAAACACCUCCAAAACUGCAGUGUCAUAUCUCAGGAUGAUUUCUUUAAGCCAGAGUCUGAGGUAGAGAUAGAUAAAAAUGGAUUUCUGCAGUAUGAUGUGCUUGAGGCGCUCAACAUGGAAAAAAUGAUGUCCGCCAUUUCUUGCUGGAUGGAAAGUCCAAGACACUCUCUGGUAGAAGAUGGGAGAAGCACUGAGGAAAUUUCCGUAUUAAUCAUCGAAGGUUUCCUUCUCUUUAAUUAUAAGCCACUUGACAGUCUAUGGAGUAGAAGCUACUUUCUGACCACUCCAUAUGAAGAAUGUAAGAGGAGGAGGAGUACGAGGGUCUACGAGCCGCCAGAUGUCCCAGGGUACUUCGAUGGCCACGUGUGGCCCAUGUGCCUAAAGCACAGACAAGAAGUAGAGGACAUCCCGUGGGAAAUUGUUUACCUAGACGGAACAAAAUCUGAAGAGGACCUCUUUUCACAAGUGUAUGAAGAUCUGUUACAAGAACUAGCAAAGCAAAAGUGUUUGCAAGUAACAGCAUAAUGAUGGAGGGCACUGAAUCUUUCCUGGAGUGAAUUAGAAAACUUGAAAGAAUAUAUUCAAGAACCUUCACCAAGAUACAUAAUGUACUUUGGUAUGAUGAUAGCUGUUAUUUUGUUUCUAUGUUUCUUUGGUCAAACAUGAUUUCCCCAACAUGUGGAACAGUAAAUAAUUAUCUAUGCCAAUAGAUAGAAAUUUACCCUAAUGAUUGUUCUCACUCUAGGGAGAGUACAGAUACAGCAUAGCUUACAAACAGUGAGUCAAUUCCUCAGACCAAUGAUUAUCAAAUUUUUCUGAAUGGAACCCACAAGUAAGAAAUAAGGUUUAUAUCACCAUCCAGUAUGUGUGUAAUCUAUUGUUUGUGUAUGUGUGUGUAUGCAUAUAUGAUUAUUUGUGUAUUCACAAAGUAUUUGUCCUAUAUACAAUGCACUAUGAUAUUUUUCUA